AUGAAAAAUAACACUAUUAGAAAGUGUUUUUACUUCAACAAUGAUGAUGUGCGUAAGGAUAUCAAAAUGUAUUGCGAGGAUAUCAUGUUCUACUCAGUUGCCCUUUUAGAAUUUUUCUAUGAUAAAAAAGGAGAAUUCAGUCCAGAAGAAUUAAAUGAAAACUUUCCAGAUCUAAGAAAUAAACCACUUUUAGAUAGCGUUAGAGAAUUAUGGCUGGCUCUUUAAGGGAGGUUACAUACUUUUUCUGUUCAUUUGCGCUUUAAUGAUAGAAUAAGUCGUUUAACGCAAUCUAUAGUGAGGCCUAUUUUCAUGGAAGAGGCGGAGCUGGUGUUAUAACAGAGACAAAAAUAUGGCUGUCUUAAUAGUUCGCUUAGCAUACUAGAAAACCUGCCAUUACCCAACUUAGAGCAUAGCCAAUAUACUAUUGAUAAUGAUGAAACUCGUGAUUCAGAAAAUGAUUUAUCACAAUUUUGA